AGUGUGAGACUAAAAAUGGAUACAACUGCCAUAGACUGCAAUGGUUCAUCGGGCAUGUUGCUCACAGAGCAGGAGCAGCAGCAGAACUUGUCGACUGAACAUGCGGCGGAGCGAGAGGAGAGAAAAUCUCUAGUUCUGUGGCGCCGGCCCUGGCAGACGCUGAAGUAUGGAACCAUGGAAGCCAUAGGAUUGCUGAUUUCUUUCGCUAAACGACUGCUGAACAAAUGGCUGCUGGGCAGUUUGCUGGCUCUGGCUAUAGUCUGCAUACUGCCAGGACCACAUCAGAGUUGCGUGAGUCUUGGCCUGCGGAAUUUGUGCUUCGCCGUGUACUGGCUGCUGCUGGGCAUACUUUCGUCUGUGGGUUUUGGCACCGGACUUCACACAUUCCUGCUGUACUUGGGACCACACAUUGCCACCGUCACAUUGGCGGCCUACGAGUGCCAGACGCUGAAGUUCCCAGAGCCGCCGUACCCGGACGAAAAGGUCUGCCCCGAGGAGCCGUAUGAGCGGCAGGUUCCAGAUAUCUGGAGCAUUCUGUCAAAGGUUCGAUCGGAGGCCUUGCUGUGGGGCAUUGGCACGGCCAUAGGCGAGCUGCCACCAUACUUUAUGGCCAGAAGUGCCCGCCUAUCCAGCAAUGAGUUGAACGAUGCGGAGGUGGAUCAGCCCGAGGAGCUGGAUUUGCAGAAGACCAAGCGGCAUAGGUUCCGGGGACAUUUCAAUGUUUUGAACGCUGCAAAACUGUGCAUGGAGCGCAUGGUUCGACGUGUGGGCUUCCUGGGCAUUCUUCUCUGUGCCAGCGUGCCCAAUCCCCUCUUCGAUCUGGCUGGCAUCACAUGCGGCCACUUUUUGGUGCCCUUCUGGAAGUUCUUUGUGGCCACCAUGAUCGGCAAGGCGCUCAUCAAGGCAACCAUUCAGCAAGUUUUCGUGGUGGUUUCAUUCAGCGACCAUCUAGUCAAUGGCCUGGCCAACGGCUUGGGCAGACUGCCCUGGCUUGGCGCCCAUCUACAGGCGCUCUUCAAAGACUUCUUGAUGUCCACCAAGCAGCAUAUGCACAGAAACAGAGACGGUCGCUCUUUCGAUAGCUUUGGCCCAAGCCUCGUGAUGCGCGCCUUUGAGCUCUGUGCCGUUGUCAUGGUCGCCUACUUUGUCGUGGCCACACUGAAUGCACUGGCACAAAUCCAUCUCAAGCGACGGCAGGAGCAGCAGCGCCACUUGCGAAACAUUGAACUUAUUUUGUACACUGACCUGGAUGAGGCGGGAGCUGAUAAGGCGCAUGUCUAUAACCCUACGAGCUGCGAAGUAUAA